UAAAUCAUCGUCCAUCCGACCACUCUCGCGUAGCAGACUGAGCCCUGUUUGUCCAUAUUGCGGUAUACUAUCUGCAUUUAGGCUUUCGAGGCCUCCGGGCUAUUCCCGGACGCCCAGUGCCUCGGCGAAUCUCGACACGGAUCAACAAGCGCCCUCCAAGUACGCUUAUGUUUGGGCGCUAGAGCGUCACGAUGGCCAUUCGUCAGCCGUACUGGAGUUCCAGUAGCUCCGUAUACGGGCGCGUGUUGUUCCACAGGUUCCCCGAGAGAGCAGAAUUCCGUGAUGGGUGCCGCGCGACGCGCCUUGCCUCCUUACCACCUCCUCGCUCGAGUCAUAUAUUUUGUUCAUGACUCUGCGCCCCUGAUUUCCCUGCUACUUAUCCCCAUGCGCGCGUUCUGACAUUGACAUUGACACGGACUGACGAUCAUUAUGUCUACCACGACGUCCUCCAGCGCGGCUACCGCGACCCAGACAGGCAACGACGGCGGGAUCGGCAAUUCGACGGAAGCCCAGAACGGGCAGCUCCCGUUCAGCUUCCUCAUGACAUUCAUCGCUGUCUUCGUCUUCAUCAUCGGCUGCGGCUUUGGGACGCGUCGUCUCUCGAUCGAGCUCCGGCGCGCGGUGGGCAACGCAGCGGGCCAGUGCCGCAGUUCACCUCUGGUGCCGGAACUGUGGGAUGUUGUCCCGCGGAAGGCAUGCCAGACAGCCAUGGGCAAGUUCUACGAAUUCUUGCCGCUGUCCGUCGCAUAUGUCCGCGAGGAGAAACAUGAUCCCACUACGGAGCUGCCGUCAUCGUCGACACCGCCGGUGCAAAUACCGGAGCUCCCUCGAGGAUAUCGAAUCUUGGAGUUCGUACCCUUCGUCUCAAUAUACAUCGCCGUCCGCACACUGCGCCGAAUGCGGCAGGUGCAGGCUGCUACUGCCGCUGGCACCUUCAACCCUUCUCUACCGGAGGCACCGCCCCCACCUGUCCGCGCAGUCAAUGUCUCUGUGCUCAUCGCAAUGCCCUCGCCGUAUCGACCAAAUCCCCGGUAUUCACAAAGCAGCAGCAGCUACUCCAAAGACAUUGCGGACUACUCAAUACCGUCGCUAGCCUACUCGUCCGAGCCGAAUCCUACUGGGCUCGACGAGGAGUGGCGGAACAGUAGCGUGAGCACAGGCAAAAAGCGAGAUAGCGGGUUCCCUGGGAGCUUCGAGGACGAGGACGAGGACGCGGCGUCAGGGGAGUUCGCGAUAGGCGUUGUGCAGGUACCAUGGGACUCGGAUGAGGUAGAUCUCAUGACCCCACGACGAUAGACACGUUAUUCAGGUUUCAUAUACUACCUGUGGACGGUCAUACGACAGGCCCAUUUGCCUAUUCGUGUAUUUGUAGUACCCGCGUUUAGUUACUGGGAAGCCUGGCUUUCUGUCUAGUCGCCGCAU